UGCACAAACAGCUCCCAGUUCACUCUCCUGUGCUUAAACUGGUGCAGCUGGAAGCUGUGGGAAACAGGUGGCUGCUCCGCCUUGUCCUUGGGCUGUAGAGAGAGCAAAACUGAGCUCUGCGUCAUGUUUCUGCGAGCUACGCUGGAGGGACCUUCCCCUUAAGAGGCAAAAGUGGGGCUGGGGUUAUGCAAAGGAGCCUAAAGGCGAGGGGGGGCGGCAGGAGGGCUGGGCGCCGCCGCUGACUUCCCAUCUCCCGCUCGUCUUUUCCCUGCUUUUCUCCCGUUUCAGUGUGGCAUUGUCCUGGGAGCUCUGCUGCUGAUUUUCUGUUCUUGGAUGACUCAUCAAUCCUGCAUGUUCCUGGUGAAAUCGGCCAAUCUCAGCAAGCGCAGGACCUACCCCGGCCUCGCGUUUCAUGCCUAUGGAAAAGCAGGAAAAAUGUUGGUGGAAACAAGCAUGAUUGGGCUGAUGCUGGGAACUUGCAUUGCUUUCUAUGUCGUCAUUGGUGAUUUGGGGUCCAACUUCUUUGCCCGGCUGCUUGGAUUUCAGGUGUCAGGCAGUUUCCGGAUAGUCCUGCUCUUCGCCGUCUCCCUGUGCAUUGUGCUUCCCCUGAGCCUCCAGAGGAACAUGAUGGCCUCCAUCCAGUCCUUCAGUGCCAUGGCUCUCAUCUUUUACACCGUCUUCAUGUUCGUGAUCGUGCUGUCGUCCUUCAAGCACGGCCUCUUCGGCGGGCAGUGGCUGCAGCGAGUUAGUUACACUCGUUGGGAGGGCAUUUUCCGCUGCAUCCCCAUCUUUGGCAUGUCUUUUGCCUGUCAGUCUCAGGUCUUGCCUACCUAUGAUAGCUUGGAUGAGCCGUCUGUUAAAAUCAUGAGCUCCAUAUUUGCUUCCUCCCUCCACGUGGUCACCACCUUUUACAUUACGGUCGGCUUCUUUGGCUACGUGAGUUACACUGAAGCCAUUGCUGGGAACGUCCUCAUGAAUUUCCCUUCCAACCUGGUGACGGAGAUGAUUCGAGUGGGGUUCAUGAUGUCGGUAGCUGUGGGGUUCCCCAUGAUGAUCCUUCCGUGCAGACAGGCGCUGAACACCCUUCUCUUUGAGCAGCAGCAAAAAGACGGCACCUUCGCCGCCGGGGGUUACAUGCCCCCGCUUCGGUUCAAAGCCCUGACGUUGGCUGUUGUGUUUGGAACCAUGGUAGGAGGCAUCAUGAUCCCGAACGUGGAAACAGUCCUGGGCCUGACAGGUGCUACGAUGGGAAGCCUCAUUUGUUUUAUCUGCCCGGCUCUUAUUUACAAGAAGAUCCACAAGAAUGCACUUUGUUCACAGAUGAUACUGUGGAUUGGCCUGGGAAUACUGGUUAUCAGUACGUACACCACCCUGUCUGCCACGGAGGACGCCCCUGUGAAGCCAGAAGCGGUGGGCUUGGAGCACCUGGAUGGAGAGGAGAACAGAAUUGACCAGGAUUCGGUUAAAAUCCCAGAGCAGAACCCGGCAGUGGAGGAGGCGGAGGAUGACCGCGAUAAACCGAAGCUGCUGGAGGAGAAGGAGGAGAUGGAGCAGCCGCAAAUCAAGGUGCCCAUGGAGGUACCCAAGAGAGAGGAGGAGAGAGGGAAGCCGGAGGAGAAAGUGCAGCUUGACCGUCCUGAUCAAGGGAUUGCCCUGCCCGUGGGGGAAGCACAUCGCCACGAGCCACCCGUCCCGCACGACGAAGUGGUGGUGGACAUGGGGCGGGAGCGGGAGGAAUCCGAUGAGAACAAGCUCGUGCCCGGAGGAGCCGACGAUCGUCUGCUGAAGCCGGUGCUGGAGGAACCAGCCGCCCUGAAUCCCCAGAAUGAGGCACUUGGCCCGAAACAAGGGAAGGAAGCGAUUGCUGAGAGCCAACUGCGGGGAGGGACUGACGAGCCCGCUAAAAAUCCGAAGAACGUCCUGGAGGUGAUCGUGCAGCAGGAUGGCAGGCUGCCACACAAAGAGCUGGAGCCAGACAAACAAGAGCUGGAAGCCAAGGCGCAAGCUGCCGCGCCGGACGGUGAGAAGAAAGCUGAGGCUGCAGGUGACGGGGAGAAAUCAAAGCUCCAGCUCCCCAGGAAAGCAGAGGAGGCUGUGAAAUCUGUGGAGAAGGAAGCUGACCCUGGUGAGAAGCAGGAGCUGCCGCUUCCGGACAGAGCGGAUCAGCUGGAGCCGAGGGAGCUCCGAAACACCGAGGAGAAGCAACAGGAGAACGUGGAGAGCAAGCUGGAGGAAGCAGGGCAGGCGAACCUGCUUGAUCAUGCCGUGCUGCUGCAGGUGAUCAAAGAACAGCAGGUCCAGCAGAAGCAGCUACUUGACCAGCAGGCAAAACUCCUGGCUGUGAUAGAAGAGCAGCACAAGGAGAUCCACCAGCAAAGGCAGGAGGAGGGCGGGGAGGAGAAGCCAAAGCAAGCGGAAACGCAGCAGGAGCCCGCUGUGCCUUUCUCCAAGAGCAAGGAGGACGAGGGCCUCGGGGCUAAGCAAGAAGCUGCUGCAAAGCUGCUCAGCAAGGAGCUGUUGGAGCCCCCUGCGCCGGGCGCGGGCCGGCAGCCUGCUGACUCCGCGGAGCAGCGCAGGGGGGCUGCAGGAAAGCUGGAAGAGGCUGGGCACAGGCGUGAGAUUCCCGGGGUUCCUCCCAAGGAGCGGAAGGUGCUGCCACAGGAGAAUGAGAGAGCUGUUAAAAAUGCAGCGGAGAACUGGGAUCCCCUUCACGGGGAUGCCCAACGCAUUCCAGCAGCCAGAAACCACCUAGAAAAGAAACCCUUGGCGGAGGAUUUAGGAGGAGAUCGCGAAGCCAAAGCUGGAAGAGACGUCCACGAGAAGAAGAAUUCCCUGAAAGCUGUGGAAGUAGCUACAGCUCCCAUCCAAAGAGAACAGCUGGGGGCUGCCAAAGUUCAGGGAAAGAGUCUGGAAAGAGACUCAGGAAUCGACCUUAAAGCCAAAGCACUGAGUCAGGUGGAGCCCAAAGACCUGGCAGUGGCGCUGGGCUCCUCCAGAGUGGCAGCGAGCGAGCAGCGCCUGCGGGAGCCUCGCGGAGGUGCAGACGCCGAGGGAGCUGAGGGUGCUGGCGGGCGGCAGCGAGACCUGCGCAGGGACCUGCCUGGCAGAGGGGACCUAAAGGAAGAAGCUCCUCGAGAGAACGUGGUGGACGAGGCCCAGGACCCGCAGGGAGGUCUGCGGAGGAAGCAGAGGCACGGCGACGGGGUGUUCUCCAACAAUGCUGAGAAGAAACCAGGCCCUGAGAAAGGGUCUGAGAAAGGAGCAGCUGCCCAGGGGGACCAGAAACUGGAGCACGACGUCAAACCGAACCGUGACCUGAAACUGCAGGCGGACCUGGACCUCCGCCGGAGGAGACGGGACCUGCUGCCUCCCGAGGAGGAUGAAGAGGAGGCUGCUCAGGGGGCGGGGGUCUUCAUUGGCCUCAACCCCCUUCCAGAUGUGAAAGUAAACGACCUCCGGAGCGCUCUAGAGACACGAUUAAACCAAGUCGCGGAGGGGGCUCAGCAGGUGGUCCACAGCCGGCAGAUCAAGCAGAUGACGCAGGCGGACGGGAGCGUGUGAGCGGGGUGGUCGUGCUCGGUGGGUGGCUGCGGGUGUUGGCCGCUGGCGCGGGGCUGAGGAGCUCCAGAGGGAAGGUUCGACUCCACCAGCUGGAUUUUUGGCCGCUGUCGCUCAGGCAGGGGCUGCUCUGAGCCAGCAGCGCUUUGCUGGACGCAGCGCUUGGGCCCACGCGAUCUCCUCGGGCCUGCGAGCACCGUCCAGGGGAGCGGCGGCUGCUCGAGCCUCUGCCGUGGCAGCACCUCCCUGCGCCUGCCCGAGGAGCUGGCACCCGUGAAAGAAAAGCUUGUCCCGCUGUCCUCUGGCUUUCGGAGGUUGCCACCUGCCUUGGUUCCCUGCCAGACCAGCUUUCAAGGACCUUUUUCAACAUCUCAUCCAUAUCAGAUUGCCUUGUCCACCCGGCUCCCGACCCCCGAAGCGAGGUGGGUCCUCCGAGAGGUUCCUCUGCCCGCGUGGGGCUGCGGGAGGAGGGACCCGGGGAUCGAGGCCUCGGGGAAGGGCUUUAUUCUGGAGAAGCAUCAAGUCAUGAGUUGAGGACCGGCUUAGCCAAUUGCUUUGGUGUUUCUCUUGAAUUGGGAGCUGUUAGUCUUGCAUGUUUAGGAGAUAGUUGUGGUUUAGGAACCUAGUUUAGUAGAAACGCUGCCUUAAACGGGCACAACUGCUGCCGUUGUGCUGCCUCUACUCCCAGGGAUUCAAUUGGUUGGCCACCCACUAGCAAUAACACGGAGCUUUGCUCUCGCCACCCUCCCCGGAUGCUCAGCUCUCCUCUGUGCUUUCAAGCUUGACUUCUCCUGUCCAAAGUGCAUUAUGAAGCUCAACCCCGGGGGGGCUGCAGACUAGCCCCCACCCCCUUCCCAAACCAGCUGGAUUUUUCUGCAAGAGAUGACUAAUUUGGGAACAAAAGACGCGGCUUAGAAGGGCGGACUCGGGGGCUUGGCUCGAGCAUACCUACCUCUUCUCUCUGUAACGUGGUGGAGCGUGUUUGUUUUGUGCGUUCUUCCCAGCCCCCCUCUGCGCCGCAUUUUCCAUCCAUAGAUGUCAGGACUCCGCCCCUGGAAAUAUAUUUUAUGAGGGAGGAAGGGAAGAGCUGCGUUGAGAGCCCUGGUUCGUUUCAGGCUCCCAGACAGUGAUUCAUCCCUUUGUGGGUUUUUUUGUGUGUUUUUACAUCCUGACUUGCGAAUGUACGAAAUCGAAUCCCAAAGCUCUCACUAGAACGGCUGAAAUUUCCCAGCCUGGAGUCUACAGACCUCAUCACUGUGGUGGUUUUUAUAUCCGUCUCUCAACGUGUCUUUGGUAAAUUAGCCUUGUCGAGUCUGUGUCUGAUGGGACCUCGCAGAGCUGGGGUCGUUACCGGACACGCGGGACUGUCACAGCGGCUCGGGUCACUUGGGAACUCUGCUGCCGCCCGCCUGGGACGUGGGCCCCUUGCUCGAAGGACGUCGUCUUAAUUUCUCAUUCAAAUGACACAGAGCCACAGGGCAACAGCCACGGACCCCGGGCGUACUUCAGGAGGACCACCCGCGCUACAUCCCCGUGCCUGUCAUGGCCUUAACCCUCAGGACCCCCCAUUGUACAAGCCAGCUUCGCCAUCACGCUGUCCCAAAGCACAAUAACGUGGCCGGGAGCCCCGGAGCCGCCGGGGCAGGGACGGCAGCGCCGCGUCCCUGCGGGGAGACGGGUCCCGGCUUUGUCCCCUGCGGCACCGACCGGCCUUUCUGAAGCGAGAGGGAGCUGGAUCUGCCCCUUCCCGCCGUUCCCUGCCUGCCAGGGGCUGCCUGCGCAGGCAGGGUGUGGGCAGGCUCCCGCCCCGCGCUGCCAGACCCGCCUGUGGUUGUUGGCGUCGAGUUUGUGUGAACGCAAAAAAAGGACCAAAGAUGCUGCUGCCCCUUCCUCAGCAGCGGGGAAAGGUGCAGCCCAACCUAGCCGCCGGGCUGGAAGGCAGCCGGUGCUGCGUCAGAGCGGAGGGAAGACUGAGCUGAUCAAUAAAAUAAGCUGAAGCAUUUUGAUCCGGAUUCUCU